ACCCCGCAGGGCCAAGAUGGCGGCGCCCGUGCGGCCCGCGCGCGGCCUGCUCGGGCUGGCGGCGGCCUGGGGCCGCGGCUCCCGCGGCUACCGCGCGCCCCCGCCCCCGCGCCGCUCGCCCGGGCCCUGGUGGCCCGACCCGGAGGACCCCCUGACCCCGAAGUGGCAGCUGGGGCCGCGCUACGCAGCCAAGCAGUUCGCGCGGCACGGCGCCGCCUCCGGGGUGGCCCCCGGCUCGCUGUGGCCGUCGCCGGAGCAGCUGGACGAGCUGGAGGCCGAGGAGCGGGAGUGGCAGCCGAGCCUGGCGACCAUGCAGGAGUCUCUACGGGCGCGGCGGCUGGCCCAGGAGCAGCAGCGGCGGGCCAGGGAGCAGCGCAUCGCAGAGUGCAUGGCCCAGAUGCCGCGGCUGAUUGAGGACUGGCGACGGCAGAAGCGGGAGCGCUGGGAGAAGGCCCAGGCCGACAAGGAGAGGAAGGCCCGGCUGCAGGCCGAGGCCCAGGAGCGCCUGGGCUAUCACGUGGACCCGAGGAGCGCCCGCUUCCAGGAGCUGCUGCAGGACCUAGAGAAGCAGGAGCGCAAGCGCCUGAAGGAGCAGAAGCAGAAGCAGAAGCAGGAGGCGCGGGCUGCCGCUUUGGCUACCGUUGCAGCCCAGGACCCAGCAGCCUCUGGGACACCCAGCUCCUGACCUGUGCUUUCUCAAUAAAGGCCUGUCCCCAUCCCC